AUGUAUUUGGAUGUCGAGGAAAUCGAAAAGUCCUUAUUAACUGGACAAUGGAGUCCUAAACUUGACGGGUUACUUGAAACGUUCCCGAUAGCAAAAUUUGCGAAGGAUGUGGAUCACGAGAAGGAGUUAAUGCGACUGAUCCUGGCGGUAGGCUGCCUACAUGCGUUCAUCCAGGUCAACUGGACCGGCCCCGACAUCAACUUGAAACUCUCAGAAGUCAUCGUUCCCUCCACAGAUUCCACAGAAACAUUAAGUGAGGAAACACUGAACAUGAAAGCCAUUUCAGAACUCGCUUAUGGUGGUGAGCCUGUCUACCACCUUGCGCGUUACGCGACUUUCCUCCGAGUUGCCCAAUUGCUUCUCGAUCUUCCUUUCAGUUGCUGUAAAUCUGGACCCUGGUGGCGAUUGCGAUUGUCGAUUACGCAUGAGCAGCUCCUGGACGAAGCAGUGCCCCUACCCGCCAUUGACCUAUCCUCUCUCGAACCCUUUCUUGCUUCUGAUCGCGAUCUCGCCGGUCGGCUGCUACUAGAGGAAGGUUUACAACAGCAUUUACUGUGUAACGACAAAAGGGCAGCAGAACUAUUCGUACAAGCUGCCAAAGCCACGGGAUUACAGUAUGAGUUAACUGGAGCACUCGGAAAACGAACAAAAUUUCAACAAACGGAACUUAGUCAAUUGGUUCUUUUAGCUGAGAGCCGAGCACGAGAUGCAGAGGAACGCAAUGAUACAGUUAACGGAUCGCACGCGGUUUCGGGAUCAGAGGCUGUCGCACCACAAGUGCCAGCAACGCUAGCUUUAAAUGACGAUACUUUACUGGAACAAACUGAAUUCACUUCCUCCACGCCUUCUGCACCGAGCUCGCAUCUCAGUCACAUCGACCCUUCUUCCCAGCCUGCUUUACACCUCAUCGACCAAUGCAUUCUCCUAUCUCUUUGUCUAAACGUAAGGAACACGUCUCCCUCGCACGGGCUAACAAGCGAACAAAUGUCACCUUACGUUGCGCGUGUCAUCUUACACCCUAAGAACUGGUCAGUUCAUACCAUGGCCUUACUCCUCCGGUCACGUCUUGAGUCAUCUCGUACACGGACAGUUGAGAGGUCCACACUUCAGCUGCAGGCGCUCGUAGAUCAAAUGCCGACCGCCGAUUCCACUUUAUCGGAAAGGUUACUCUAUUUCCAUUCAAUACCACUGCCAAGCAAGUGGGAGAUGGAGCGUGAGUUAGCCUCACGGUUUAUGUCCCUUGGUGUGGUCAAGUCGGCCCUAGAGAUCUUUGAGCGGCUGGAGAUGUGGGAGGAAGUAGUGAAAUGCUGGCAAUCCAUGGAAAGGCAGGAUAAAGGAAUCGAGAUUGUUCGUGAUUUGCUCGAAGGCCGGAAGGAGGAGUCAGAGCUCGUCACAUCACGAAGUAAAGCGGCAGCCAGUCUCCGCCGUGGUGCCAUUGAUAGUGCCAGGGAAGCUAAACUAUGGUGUCUCUUAGGAGAUCUUGAGCCAGAUAAUGCCCCUGAGCAUUACAAGCACGCUUGGGCACUGUCAAAGGAAACGUCGGGGCGUGCUAUGAGAUCACUAGGAGGAUACCAUUUUGCGCGGGGGAACUUUCCCGAGGCCAUUCAAUGUCUCCACCGCGCAGUAGCAAUCAACCCCUUGCUUUCACGUUCCUGGUUUAUACUUGGCUGUGCCUACAUACGAGAAAAAAAUUGGGAAGGAGCUAGAGAUGCAUUUAGCAGAUGUGUUUCCAUUGACGAUGAGGACGGAGAAAGCUGGAAUAAUUUGGCAAGCAUGUAUCUCCGCCUGGACAACAGCGAACAGAAGCCCACGGAUGAUAGUGAUGUGAACCCUGAAGAAGGACCGAAGUCGAUUUCAUUUUCCAAUAAGAUUCUCGCUUUUCGCGCCCUGAAACAGGGAUUAAAGUAUAGCUACGAAAAUUGGCGCAUGUGGUCCAAUUACAUGAUCGUCGCUAUGGACGUGGGCGAAUUAUCUGAGGCAUGCCGUGCCCAGGCACGUAUAGUCGAGGAAAGAAGUGCAAAGGUUGGUGCGGAGUGCGUGGACGAAGAAGUCUUAGAGCGCUUAGUGGAUGCCGUGACGAGGGCACCUGCUGACCCAGACGAGGCGGUAGAGGGCGAUGGGAAGGCAAGUCACGCUCUUAGAAACCCCAACGAAGGUCACGGGCUCCUCAAGAGAGUCCUUGACCUCUUGGAGCGGACCGUCCUUCCCCGGAUAUCUUCCACUCGUAUCUUCCGCGCCUAUGCCCGCCUCCUCACUUGGCAAUCUCGAUGGGAAGAUGCACUGCGAGCCUAUCUUGAUGGUUAUCGGUGCAGCACGGCCGGAACCUUUGAGAAGAGUGCCACAGAUGCAGAGCAGUGGCGCGAAGCCGUAAGUGAAGUGGAAGACAUGGUAGACAUUUUGAGAAACUUUGGGCCGCGUGUUGGGCGGUUCAAUUGGCGGUUGCAGGGGCGUAGCAUCGUGCGAACAUUCAUGGGGCGCACGAAAGACUUUGAAGAUGAGCCAGACUGGACACGUUUGACCGAUCUGCAAAACGAAUUGCGUACCGAAGAUUAA